GCCAAUCCCAGCUGACGCAGGGCUAAAGACUGGAUCAGCCAUGCAGUUUAACAAACCUCCCCUGUCCAGCAAGUUGACACAGUCCACAAUCAAAGACAUGCUGUAUCACCACAGAAGAGUUUACUCAGCCAAAGCUGUCAUUGAUACAUCAGCACCCAAAUGCCUGAUACAAAGUGUAAAAUACAAUGACCAGAACAAGAAGGAUCACUUCAGGGAAGGGAGUCGUCCUCAGUCAGCUCAGUAUGUCUCAUACAGCAGCAGAGCCUCGUCAGCCCAGAGUUGCCACAGGACCUCCCAGCGCACUGUCCAGAAGCCGUCCGGCGUAGACCUGGUCCAGAAACACUCUGAGCUCUUUACCCAGGACAGGCCGUUCACCCCAAAGAUCCUGAAGUCAGACACGAGUUCAAUCAUGGAAAAAUAUCGCUGCUACAGAGCGCCACAAAGGAAGCCCACUCAGGACUGCACCAACUCCAAACAGGAGACCAGUGACAGGAGCAAAAAAAACACAGAAGGUGCACAGGAUGCUGAUGAGCCAUCUCAGGGGAUCAUUACAGAGUGUUCUGAGGAGGAGUUGAAUGGCACAUAUUUAUCAGCAUCCAGACAAAAGAGUCAUCCUUUCUGUGACUCCUCAUCCAGGGCAUCACUCGAAGGCGCAAAAUCUCCCAUUGUGAUGACAGUUUUUGCAGAGGAAGAAUUUGAGUACCUCAAUUUUAUUUUUGCUGUAACAGAGGAUAUUUUAUCCAGGAAGCAUAUGUCUGACAGGGUCCUAGAUCGGAUGAUAAAGAACCACAUUGACAUGAAUCGGCUUCAACUCGAUGAGGGUAAAAUGCGCCAUCUAGUGGAAAAGCUGCGUGGAUUUCUUAAAGAGCCAACCAACAUAUCCACCUCCAGUACACCAGAGCUUACAAAUGAUCUGCUUAACUCACUCAUAUCAUGUCUGGAAUCUGGGGGAAACCAGUGAAGACCAGUGAAGACCAUCGAAAACAAAUGUGGUUUCCCUCAGUGAAGCAAAGUAAUUCUAGGGACUUCAUACCGUUACUUAAUUAAGUGCAAGGUCACAAGAUAAAGACUCUCAAUCUAUUGAUUUCAUGAGAUUGUGGGAUAUUUACAAAGGUUGGUAAUUCCAUCAACGUAACAUUCUCUGUCUCAAUUCAUUUGAGUUCAUUGUUUACGAAAUAAAAAUUCAAGU